AUGUUCCCCAGAGCCCUCUUGCUGUGCGCCGCGCUGUGCCUGGCCGCUCCGGGCCUGGCCGCGGCGGAGGAGCGAGGCUGGGACGUUGGCGAUGUGAGCGAGCUGAAUUUCUGCCUGCCGAUUUCGAUCCUGGUGGCCCCCACGGACGAGAAGAACACGAGCAUCUUGGUCGACGCGGAGCCGGACGUGGCGCAGGCCUUCGUGGCCACGGUGGAGGAUGGCGUGAUGGGGUUCGGCCUAGACAAAGGGUUCGUGACGGAGAAGGCCGUGCGGGUGACCAUCUUUGUCCCCGCCACGGCCCUGAAGGUCAUUAAGAAUGCGGGCGUGGGCAAUGUGCUGCUCAGCGAGGGGUUCGAAUCCGAUGAGCUGGAGCUCGUAAACUCGGGCGCGGGCGUGAUCGUCGCCAAGGGGCUGGAUGCCAAGAAAGUCAAGGUGGAGCACGCCGGCGCCGGCGACGUGCCCAUCUACCUGGAGGGGAAGAUCGACAUGGCGGAAGUCAAGGUGAAAGGCGUGGGGGACAUAUACGUCCUGGGCGUCCAGACAUCGGCCACAGUGACAAUCGAAGGCGUGAGCCAGGUGCACAUUUCGGGCGAGCGGGGGAUGAAGGUCACGGGGACAAUCAACGGGCUGACGGACGGCGUGAGCAUCGACAACGGCGAGUGCGACCUCCAGGGGAGGAGCCCGUUCGGGCCGGGGCCGUCCUGCGACGCGCUGGAAGACAUCCCGGAGCCACCCGCGGUGGAGUGGCAGUGCGGCGUGGUGGUGGACGGCGAGAAGGACUGCAUCGCGGCUGUUCGCAACGGCGCAUCGGCGAGCGCGAGCACACGCGGGAACGCGAUGGCCUUCGCGGACGCCAGCGGGGCGGGCGAGCCGGCGUCGGCGGUCAGCGGGCCGUCGGGCGUGGGCGCGUCUGGGAAUGCGGUUGCUGGGCGCGAUGUGCAGUGCAAAGAAGGGGAGGACCUGGUGAUUGAGACCUAG